AUGAGUGAAUACUUCGGCAGAUCGGCAUCGGAAAUAGUUUGUCCAUCCAUCAACGACAGUUCGUUGUUCACUUUGGACACGGAAGAGUUUCAUGAUCAGCGACAUUUAAAAGCGACUCAAACCAGUCCCGAACCACAAGCGAUCGAUUUUGGAGAGAUUCAAGCCGAACACUCCUGUGUAGACAAAUCGGCUUUUUGGACAAAACAUCGAAAUACAAUAAAGACAAUCUCCGCGUUUUUCUCGUCACUUUUUCUUGUCGUCUUUGGCGCUCUUUGGGCCCCUCGUUUACAUGAACGGCAAUGGAGGAUG